AACCCAGGCUUUGCCAAUCAGAGUGUCUCUGGCGUAGACCCCUCCCCUGCUUGGAGCGCAUUUAAAGAGGCGCUUUGGCCAAUUUGAAUGUCUGUUUCAACCUCAAAGUCUGAGCAGUCAGGGGUCCUUGCAGCUCUGGGAAUAUGGCACCAACAAAGAAGGGAAUCUUGGAGCGUCUCAACGCUGGCGAAGUCGUGAUUGGCGAUGGCGGCUUCGUCUUCGCCCUGGAGAAAAGAGGCUACGUGAAGGCAGGUCCCUGGACCCCCGAGGCCGCCGCCGAGCACCCCGAAGCAGUGCGCCAGCUGCACAGGGAGUUUCUGAGGGCGGGGGCCAAUGUCAUGCAGACCUUCACCUUCUACGCCAGCGACGACAAGCUGGAGAACAGGGGCCAGAGCCUGAAACUGACGGGUGCCCAGAUCAACGAAGCCGCCUGCGAUCUGGCCCGCCAGGUCGCCAACGAGGGCGACGCUUUGGUGGCAGGAGGCGUGUCUCAGACGCCGUCCUACCUGAGCUGCAAGAGCGAGACCGAAGUGAAGGCCAUCUUCAAGAAGCAACUGGACGUGUUCAUGAAGAAGAACGUGGACUUCCUGAUUGCUGAGUACUUUGAGCACGUUGAGGAGGCUGUAUGGGCCGUGGAGAUGCUGAAGGCGACCGGAAAGCCUGUGGCUGCUUCUCUGUGCAUCGGGCCGGAAGGCGACAUGCACGGUGUCUCUGCUGGAGAGUGUGCCGUCAAGCUGGUCAAAGCAGGUGCCCAAAUUGUGGGUGUCAACUGCCACUUUGACCCUCUGACCUGCGUGAAGGCUGUCAAGAUGAUGAAGGAGGCCGUGGAGAAGGCCGGUCUGAAGGCUCACUACAUGGUGCAGCCUCUGGCCUUCCACACCCCCGACUGCAACUGCCAGGGAUUCAUCGACCUUCCAGAAUUCCCCUUCGGUCUGGAGCCUAGAAUCCUGACCCGCUGGGACAUGCACCAGUACGCCAGAGAGGCCUACAACGCCGGCAUCCGCUUCAUCGGCGGCUGCUGCGGAUACGAGCCAUACCACAUCAGGGCUGUGGCAGAGGAACUGGCGGUGGAGAGGGGACUGUUGCCACCAGGCUCGGAGAAACACGGCAUGUGGGGCGCAGGGCUGGAGAUGCACACCAAACCUUGGGUCAGAGCCAGAGCCCGCCGUGACUACUGGGAGAACCUGAAGCCAGCGUCUGGCCGUCCUCUGUGUCCCUCCAUGUCCAACCCAGACAGCUGGGGUAUCACCAAAGGCGACACUGGGCUCAUGCAGCAAAAAGAAGCCACCUCUCAGCAGCAACUCAAGGAGCUGUUUGCGCGCACAAAGAGCAAUUGAGUCAAACGAUCACCCCCACCUUAACCUAGAAGACCCGACAGCAGAGAUUCAUGCAAACAGCCGCGGACUAACCCACGUGCACUAAACCGUGCCAAUGAUUCAACCUGCUAAAGGUCUCAGGGGCCAUGAUACUCACUUGAAACUGGCAUUGUUGCAUGUGUUGAUUGCAAGCUGGCAGCUCAAGUUUGGAGCCGGCCCCCAGAAGAUCGGGACCAUUUAUUUGCAUUAACACAGGACCAGUUUGUAAAAUAAAACGAGACCCAAUGAGAUGUGAA